AUGGCCCAUGCCGCCGCCGCGGCAGCGCUCGCCCUGCUCGUCUUCCUCUGCGCGCAAGCGCGGGACGCCGGCGUCCACGCGGCGGCGGUGACGCUGUCGCAGGGGCAGUCCCUGGGCGCCACCGACAAGCUGGUGUCGGCCGGCGGCACCUUCGAGCUGGCCUUCUUCACGCCGACCGGGGCCGGCGACCCGUCGCGGCGGUACCUGGGCAUCAUGUACGCGCAGUCCGCCGAGCAGACCGUGCCGUGGGUGGCCAACCGCGACGCGCCCGUCAGCGCGGGCUCCGCGUACUCGGCCACCGUCACGGCCGCCGGCGAGCUGCAGGUGCUGGAGGAGGGCCGCGUGGUCUGGCGCACCAACUCGGCGACGCCGGCCUCCUCCUCCUCGGCGGCGAACGUGACGCUCACCCUCCUCGACACCGGGAACCUCCAGCUGACCGCGGGCGCAACGGUGAUCUGGCGGAGCUUCGACUACCCCACGGACACCUUCCUCCCCGGGAUGAGCAUCAUCCUGGAACGGCGCGACGGGGCCGCCGUCCGCAGGACGCUGUUCACGUCGUGGCGGAGCCCCGGGGACCCCGGCACCGGGGACUUCACGCUGGGGCAGGACCCGCUCGGCUCCGCGCAGCUCUACAUCUGGCGGACCGGCGGCGGGAACAACAACAGCACCUACUGGCGGUCCGGGCAGUGGGCCAACACCAACUUCGUCGGCGUGCCGUGGCGGUCGCUCUACGUGUACGGCUUCAAGCUCAACGGCGACCCGUACAACGGGUCCGGGGUCAUGUACUACGUCUUCAACACGUACAACAGCUCCGAGUACCGGUUCAUGCUCCACUCCAACGGCACCGAGACGUGCUACAUGCUGCUCGACACCGGCGAGUGGGAGACCGUCUGGUCGGAGCCGACCAUCCCGUGCCAGGACUACAACAUGUGCGGCGCCAACGCCGGGUGCGCCUCCGGCGGCGACGAUGGCCAGCAAGCCAUCUGCACCUGCUUGACAGGUUUCGAGCCCAGGAAUGUGUCGGAGUACAGCAACGGAAACUGGACGCAGGGAUGCGUCAGGAGCUCCCCGCUGACCUGCGAGACGAACUCGAGCGGCGGCGGCGACGGGUUCGCCGACCUCCCCGGCGUGAAGCUGCCCAACUUCGCGGCCUGGGGAUCCACGGUGGGCGACGCGGACGCGUGCAAGCAGUCGUGCCUGGCCAACUGCUCGUGCGGCGCGUACAGCUACAGCAACAACACCAGCUGCCUCACCUGGGGACAGGACCUGCUCGACAUCUACCAGUUCCCGGAUGGAGAAGGAUACGAUCUGCAGAUCAAGGUCCCCGCAUACUUGCUAGAGACAGGCUCCAAAAGAAGGAGAUGGACAACAGUUGUUGUUGCUGUAGUUAUUGUCGUGGUUGUAUUGGCAGGAUGCGGCCUUCUCCUGUGGAAAUGCAGGAGAAGAAUCAAAGAGAAACUUGGCAUUGUUGGUAGGGAGAAGACAAAGACAACGCAGCCGUCUCUGCUUCCUUUGAGGGAAGCACGGCAGGAUUUCUCAGGGCCGAAGCAGCCUGACCAAGAGGAAGCAGAGGGCGGCAAGAAGUGCGAGCUGCCUCUCUUCUCCUUCGAGACGGUAGCAGCGGCCACCGGCGACUUCGGUGCCGACAACAAGCUUGGUGAGGGAGGCUUCGGCCAUGUCUACAAGCUGUGGAACGCCGACAAGGGGGAGCGGCUCAUCGACCCGGCCAUCCUGCCGGCGUGCCCCGUGCGGGACGCGCUGCGCUGCGUGCACAUGGCGCUGCUGUGCGUGCAGGACCACGCGUGCGACCGCCCGGACAUCCCCUACGUCGUCAUGGCGCUCGGCAGCGACAGCUCCGUGCUGCCGAUGCCCAAGCCGCCGACGUUCACGCUGCAGUGCACGUCGUCGGACAAGGACGGGAUCUUCCCGGACAGGGUCGAUGAGUCCUACUCUGCCUGUGACCUCACCGUCACCAUGCUGCAGGGGAGGUAG